GUAUCUCAAAAGAAUAAUGAUCAAAUGUGAACUUGAAAAUCUAUCGAUUAUUUAGAAUAAAUUUGUUCUUAAAAAGAAACAAAGGAAAAAUGAUAGAUGCUGAUAUUGUAUUAGGUCAAUUUCCAUAAGGGGUGGAAGCAAUGGAUUCGUUGGCUAAGCGAAAUGAGGGGAUGAGUAUAUAAAAUCUCCGCCCCUUUUCGUAGAACCGCCCCUGGCUUCGAGGGUGCUUCAGUGAACGAAACGGAACGGAGGUAGGGACACUAGCGGUCAAGUGUUCGUCGAGUACACUCAAAAACGACAAGAAGAGUCCUUCACCUUUUGCGAAAAGGGACUCGAGAGACGAGCUACUUAAAAGUAGGCCGAGACACUUCGUCAGUGAACACGUGAAAACUUGCGAACCGUUCGGAUCGGCUUCGUAUUUAUUUGUGUAUAUGUGCGCGUGUGUGCGCGCGCUGGCGCGUGUGUGUGUGUGUACAUUUGUGUAUGUGAUUUUUUAAUUUUUUUCUUUAUAUUUUCUUUAUGUUUCAAAUUUGGUGAUAAACUGAUGUAACAAUUUAGAAGAAAAAAAAAAAAAAAAAAAAAAAAAAAAAAAGAAAGAAGAAGGAUGAGGAAUUGUGAAGUAUUAUAUCAAUUCAGAGUUGUGGGAUCAAGGUGUGUUUCAUUAAGAAACUAUAAAAAGACUGUUCAAGAUUAAAUUGUUUUUUUAAAGAAAAAGAUAUGAAACAAAUUUUAAAAAGAUAAAAAUAUUAAAAGAUAGAGAGAGAGAGAGAGAGAGAGAGAGAGAGAGAGAUAAAAAAAGAUAAAAAAAAUACAAAAGAAUCAGAAUUUUCAAUAGAAGAAAAGUAAUCCGUUUGACAUGUUCCAACAUUAACAAAAAUAGGAAAAGUGCGUAAAAACAGACAGUUCUUUAGGAAUCUUAUAGAAAUUAGAAAACAGAGAGAGAAAGAGAGAAAGAAAGAGAGAGAGAGAGAGAGAGAGGGGGGAAGGGAGAGAGAAAGAGGAUUUGAAUGGAAGAACAGUGAUUAGAGAUGUUUCAACAACAUUAAAGACUCUUGCAAGUCUUAAUUGAACUUUCACAAUGGCGGACAAGAAUAAAAUUCUGCCCUGGCCACUUCUACCCUAUCCAGCCAGUCUUUUGAAUCAUGUUUGGUACAGUCAACUCGCAUUAAAUACUAGAAUAUUAGAAAGUAUGAAAAUGCCAGCUAGAACGUCAGGUUUUCACAUAAGUGAUAUAUUAGAAUUAAAUGAUGCUAAACCAUCUCAAGAAGAGAAUGAAGUUCAAGGAAGUACAACUGUUCUACCGACGGCGAAUGACGUUCCAUCAGCCUAUCAACAAUUUUUAGAACACACGACAGCAGCCAUGUUACAACCAGCAAUGCAUGCGAAUCUUAACAGGGGUAGUUUGCCACCACCACCCCCAGCAUUACUUGGCUGGCCAAGUGGACCUACAGCUUUACCAACGACACUACCACAACCUUUAGAAGAAGUAAACAUUCUCCAACAGCCAGACUCGACGAGUCCAGCAAUCUCAGAGCUAUCCUUCCCGUCGCAACAAGAGAACAGUCACGAGUCUAAGGACGAAGAGUCACAGGAUUUCGAGGAGGAACAUCCGAACGGUGAAACACAAAGUCACGAGGCUGAACAUAAAAAGAGGAAACGACGAGUAUUAUUUUCUAAAGCUCAAACUUAUGAGCUUGAGAGAAGAUUUCGUCAACAGAGAUAUCUCAGUGCACCGGAAAGAGAACACCUAGCAUCGAUUAUUCGAUUGACCCCAACGCAAGUUAAGAUUUGGUUUCAAAAUCAUAGGUAUAAGACGAAACGUGCGGCAACUGAAAGAGUCGAAGCUGGUGGAAGUGGUUGUUCACCAAGAAGAGUAGCAGUUCCAGUGUUAGUAAGAGAUGGUAAACCAUGUCAAUCAAAACUGAUGGAACCAACAACUUAUCCCGGGAAUGGUCAAGUGCCUAUGGCUCCUUACAUGCAAAAACCAUACUGGUGGUAAGACUUAAUUGAUUAACAAAUAUGUGAGGUCGCAUUAGGACGGCCUUGAACACCUUUAUAAACCUCGUCAGAUCUAGUCAGGAUUAAGGCGUUAUCAAUGAAGAAUAGAAAAAGUGAUGUUUUAAGAGAUCCUGACUGAAAAUCAAUGAACAAGGGAUUCAUUUGUUACCUUCAUUAAAAAACCAAAGAGAAUUUAUUUGGGACGAUUUAAACAAUUAAAUGCUCGUCUCGUAUUAAAAGAAUUCCUGACGAGAAUGUGAUCUUAAUAGUGCGAAUGGAAUGAAAUAAUACAAAAAAAAAAAAAAAAUAAAAUAAAUAAAAUAAAAUAAAAUAAUAAAAAUAAAAAUAAAAAUACAAAUAAAUAAUCGUGUAAAUUCGAUCUCGUAUAGAUGAAUGUGUAAUGACUCAUUAUCUUCGUAUAGGACGUAGUGUGAUACGUACGAAUGAAA